AUGGACUCGCCGGAUUUCCCCUCCGGCACCGCCAAGUCUCCACGGUCACUUCAGGGCCCACGUCCUUCCCCUCUCAGAGUCCGGAAAGAUUCCCACAAGAUCAGAAAACCGCCGGUAGCUCCACCACCGCAGCACCAGCAACACAACUACCACCAUCAACCACAACAAAUCCAGCAGCAAUACCGGCCGCCGGUCAUCAUCUACACCGUCUCCCCAAAGGUAAUCCACACAAAUCCAAACGAAUUCAUGACUUUAGUCCAGCGUUUGACCGGCCCAACCGCCUCCUCCCCGGUGGGUUCUUCUUUCUCUGCUUUCCACCAUGACGGAGGUGCAGUUUCACCGGCGGCAAGAUUCGCAUCCACAGAAAAAGCGACAACCAUGCCAGACGGUAGGAAAGUGCCGCAGACUGGUGACGUGGCGGUGGUGGAAGGGGUGGAGAUAAAUACCGGAUUGGAGAAAGCCGGCUACUUUCCCGGAAUAUUGUCUCCGGGACCGACGUCACUACCUCCGAUUCCACCUGGUUUUUUCUCCCCACUAGCAAAUGAUCAAAACCCACUUUGUUUUUUUCCUGAUUUAAGCCCUGUUUUGCAUAGCAACAGAAAUUAUAAUUAUUUGGAGAAUAAUAAUUUUCUUAUACAAAGCCCUUCAAAUCUUCUUUCUCCAUACAUGAUUUCACCCAACACCCAAAAUCUCUUCAAUAGCCUAUUUGACUAG